CACCUCCCUCCCCCUCACCGGGAGGCCAGGGCGGGCCAGGCACCCAGGGAGGAGGCGGUGUCCCUGGCUCUCUGCCCAAGGUGCAGCAGCUAGGCGAGGCGGGGCUGGACCAGCAGGGGCGGGCGCCCUGCCUGGUAUUAAAAGGGGCGGUCAGGGCACCUCGGCAAUGAGCUCCCAGCUCGGCUUAGCAGCAGGACGCUGACGACAGGCGCUCCCCGCUCCCCUGGUCCAGCCAAGCACUCUGCUGCCGCUGCAAUGGUCUCCACACCUGCCGCCUGGUGCUCCAUCGCUCUGGCCCUGCUUUUGGCCCUGCAUGAAGGGAAGGGCCAGGCAGCUGCCACUCUGGAGCAGCCAGCCCCAGCACCCAAGGGCCGCAGCCCCCACCUGCGUUUCCGCCGUUGCUCCUGCAACUCCUGGCUUGACAAGGAGUGUGUGUACUUCUGCCACCUGGACAUCAUCUGGGUGAACACUGCAGGACAGACAGCUCCCUACGGCCUGGGAAACCCGCCAAGGCGCCGGCGCCGCUCCCUGCCAAGGCGCUGUGAGUGCUCUGCUGCCGGGGACUCUGCCUGUGCCACCUUCUGCCAUCAAAGACCCUGGCCUGAAACUGUGGUCACCCCAAGCAGCCGGGCUCCCGGAGCUGUGUUAAAGACUGGCAAGAAGUGGGCUGCUGAGGGAGAUCUCCUCCGAAAGCUAAGGGACAUUUCUGCCACCAAGCUCCGCUUUGCCAGGCUACAGCCAGAGGUGACAAGAGAGUCCAGUCCUGCACACUCUAGACGGAGGAAGAGAUAACCCUGUGAGCUGCGGAGCUAUGGAGAAGGAAGCCCACGUGGAGACGGGGGGAAAUGGGCAGCUGUGUGGGAGACCCUGUGCCUGCCUUCUGGACCAAGACCUCAGCCCGGGCUAGCCAGACCCAUCCGAUGGGUUCAGCACAAACUCUGGCCUCUCUUACACUGCCAGGGCCACCCUCAACACCUGAGCAGCAGUACAGCCUCCCAGGGCUGGCUGCUGGGUACAGUCCUGCUUGAAGGAGUUAUGUGAGGCCAAAUGAACAUGCUAACUGUGUCCUGAGGAGUGUCCUGUUGGUUGGGCUGCUAUCCAGGAGCAACCCACAGCAGGACACAAUUACCUAAGCCAUACCUGGAAACUGGGCGGACGGGGCAUCCUGAUGACUGACACCCUGCCUGGCCCCCAUGGUCCUCUCUGGAUCCCCCUCCCUAGAGGCCUUGCAAUUUUGUUCUCUUGGGACACUUUUUUUUGAGGGGGGGGGCAGGGCCUGCUCUGCUUCACUCAUCUGUAUAUAAGUUAUUUGCUCUAAGAACUUUGAAGUUCUUCUUAUUUAUUUUAAUGUAUUUUUUUUAGAGCCUCGAUUGUUUACUUAUGAACUAAUGUUUGUAAUAAAGGAUGAAAUGGA